AGCGUUGAAGCGUUUGAGCCAGCUCCGGGCACGGCUGAUUCUUGUCCCCAGCAAGAAAAAAAAAAUAAUCCCCCCCGCUGGCUGGAGGCGGGCUCGCAGCGGGGCCGGGCGGCGCUGCCCACGGCAUGGAGCUGCCCGCAGCCGGCCCCUGCGCGCCCGCGGGACUUGAGCCUCCAGCCAUGGGGCCGGGUAAGGGGGCGCCGGGUAAGGGGACAGGCGGCCGGGGGGAGCCUCAGAAGGGUGGCCAACCCCCUGUCUGUGUUGCAGGGAGCCCCCCGAGGAGCGCUGCCCUCAUCCUGCUGGUGCUGCUGGUGCUGGGCGCACGGCCAGAGGUGCAGGAGAUGAGUGUCCGAAGGCAGCAGCGACACGAACAUAGCCUGAAUCCCAACAGUUCUUGGUGGGAUAUGGAGUACGAAGGACUGCUGUACAGUAAGAAAACCCUUCCCGGGACUGUGGGCUCACACAAACUCUCCAGCCUGCUCAGAAACAGCUCUCCCAUCGGUCACAAGGACAGCAGAAGUUUGCUGAGCCAGAACUUGGGCCAGAAAUCACAAGAAAAGCAGUUGUCCUGUGACAUGCUCCUUAAACUCUCCAGGUAUAUUUUAAUGGAUACCUUUGGACCUAGCUUGGCCUGGAAUCUCUUCCGAUUUUAUCACUGUGAUCGGGAAGUCAACCUGCCCAAAAUUCACAUCAGUCCUCUCAAGCUGGCACAGCACAAGCUGAAGCCUUUCCUGCUGCACAGGAUGCUUCAGCUUCUCAGGAACAUGGGAGUGCUGUCUGAACGUCAGCAGUCCAAGGUCUUCGCUCUCCUCAAGAAGCAAAUGCUGAAAGCAAAGAAAAUGCCCUUAAAGCCCCAAGUGGAGCAAAGUGGGCCGUGCCCGGGGGCCGCCCCGCACCUCUCCCCGUGGCACCCCGGCUCCGACAGCCGCCGAGCCGCCGUCGUGGGCCGGGGGGCGGCUCUGCGCCUGGAGAGCUCUGCUACCUUCCACUCCCUCGUCAUCCGCGACGGAGGGAAGCUGGUGUUCGCCGACCGCCCCCGCGGGCCGCCCAUCACCCUGCGGGCCCGCUACAUCCUCAUCCAGGACGGCGGGGAGCUGCACGUCGGCUCGGAGCGCUGCCCCUACGGCUCGCGGGCCACCAUCUCGCUGUACGGGCGAGCCGCCGACGGGGCGGCCGUGGCCGGCUUCGGGCAGAAAUUCCUGGGAGUGGGUGGCGGCGGCGUCCUGGAGCUGCACGGCCGGCGGCCUCGCUCCUGGAGCCUUCUGGACAAAACCCUGCACCCCGGAGGGCUCCGCCACGGCCGCUACACCUCGGAGAAGCGCUGGGGCAGCCGCGGGCUCAACCUCCGCAUCCUCGACGCCGGCACGGGGCGGGUGCUGGCGGCGGGGCGCUUCGACACCCACCUGCGAGCCGGCGAGUGCCGCCGGCUGCUCGCCUUCCUGGCCCUCCAGCCCCCCGGCAGGGUGGUGGCGGCCGCCGUGGGGGACUCGGCGGCCCGCAGCCUCACGCUGGAAACGCGGCUGCUCCUGCGGGACCGCCUGCGGAGCGAGCACAUCGCCCGCUUGGGCUACAGGCAGCCCUGGGCGCUGGUGGGGAUCCUCGGAGGGGAUGCGCUUUCCACGGCUGAAGAUAAGAGGGAGUAUCACGGGAACGGGACCACGGGGUUCGCCGUAGCCCAGAGGGAGUUCCUGACCUACGAUGGCACCCGCUUCACUGUUACUGCUUUCAGUGGAUGGAUUAAAGGGGUGCCUCAUAAUGGAUUUAGGGUGGAAGUGUCUAAAGGAAUAAUUCUGCAUUUAGUGGAUGAUGUUAGAAGUUGGUUACCUGGUGACAGGAUUGUCAUUGCCAGCACAGAUUAUUCUAUGCAUCAGGCUGAAGAGUUUAAUCUCCUUCCCUGCCCUGAAUGUAAAAAUAAUCAAGUGAAAAUUGAUGGCAGCCCACUUUAUCUUCAUAUCGGAGAAGUCAUAGAUGGCAUCGAUAUGAGGGCAGAGGUUGGUCUUCUGACUAGAAAUAUACUUAUUCAAGGAGAAAUGGAAGACUCCUGCUAUGGACAAAAUCAAUGUCAGUUUUUCUCCUUUGACACAUUUGGAGGACAUAUUAAAAUCCUAAGGAAUUUUAGUUCUGUUCACAUGUCAGGAGUGGAAUUAAAAAACAUGGGGCAGCAAAUCCUGGGCAGUUACCCUGUGCAUUUUCACAUGGCUGAGGAUGUGGAUGAGAGAGGAGGAUAUGAACGCCCAACGUACCUCGAUAACCUGGCUAUCCACCACUGCUUCUCUAGGUGUGUUGCCAUACAUGGAACUCAUGGCCUGCUGGUAAAAGACACCAUUGGCUAUGACACUCUGGGGCACUGCUUCUUCCUUGAAGAUGGGACAGAGCAACGCAAUACGUUUUAUCACAACUUGGGCCUCCUCACCAGGUCAGGAACGAUCUUGCCCUCAGAUCGCAAUGAAGCUAUGUGCCUUGCCAUCCGGAGCCACGUCUAUGGGAAUUACGUUCCUGUGCCAAGCACUGACUGCAUGGCUGUCAGCACUUUCUGGAUUGCAAAUCCAAACAACAAUUUAAUAGAGAAUGCAGCAGCGGGUGCUCAGGAUGUCGGGAUAUGGUACAUCUUCCACCGGGUUCCAACUGGACAGUCCGAGGGGCGAUAUCCAGAGGGACAGGCUGAACAUACCCCCCUGGGAGUAUUUUACAACAACAGAGUCCACUCCAAUUUCAAGGCUGGUUUGUUUAUUGGAAAAGGAGUAAAGACAACAAGAGCCAGCGCUGAAGAUCCCAGAGAGUAUCUCACUGUUGAUAAUGCCAGGUUUCGCCCACAUCAAGAAGCUGAUCCUGAAAAGCCGCGAGUUCCUGCCGUAAUUGAUGGUCUUAUUGCUUUUAAAAAUAAUGACCAUGGGGCCUGGGCCAGGGGUGGUGACAUUAUCUUCCGCAACUCCGGGUUUUCAGACAAUGGAAUUGGACUCACUCUGGCAAGUGAUGGGACAUUCCCUACCGAUGACGGCUCCAGCCUGGAAGUGACACACUCCAUUUUUGUUGGAGAAAGCAGCAACUUUGGCUCCCAGGGAGGGCAGAACAGCUACUGGGGGAAAGGGGCAAAUGGAGAAUACAGGACCCUGCCCAGAAACAAGACAUUCCCUAUUCGUGGAUUCCAGAUUUAUGAUGGGCCUGUCAGGAUGGCAAAAUGCACUUUCAAGAAAUUCACCCCAACUGUUGACAGAUAUUCAAGUGCCAUUGGGUUCUUCAUGAAAAACUCCUGGCAGAUAAGCCCCCAGAAUAAUGUGUCACAAAUCCUGAUGGAGAAAAGCGUUGGACUGAAAGUGUUUUUUGGCAGAUCAGGCCAGUGGUUUGGAAACAACGACAAUGAUGGUGACAAAAUGUCCAUCUUCCACGAUCUGGAUGGCUCUGUGACAGGGUAUCCGGACACUUUCAUCGGCAGAGCAGACAACUACUUGCUGCGUCAUCCUGGGUGUCUCACUGUGCCACGCUGGAAUGGGAUGAUGUGCACCGGGAGAUUUGCACAGCUUUAUAUUCAGGCCAGGCGCCCUGAGAAUCUGACCCUAUCCAUUGCCAGAGCAACAUACUCUUCCCACCCCUUGCAGUUGCAAGGCGUGAACAGAGGAGCACCAUACCAGCAGUACCAGCCUGUCGUCAUGCUGGAGCAGGCUUAUAUCAUCCAGUGGGAUGGAAGAGCACCUGAGGAUAUCAUCCUGUACCCGAUCAACUUCAACAGAGGAGACUGGCUGCACAUUGCCCUCUGCUACCCCAGGAAUACUGUUUUCCACGUGGUGACAGAUGUCUACCAGCGACAGACGGGGAUGGUACACAGCAUAAAGCACUACCUCGCAGCUCCUUCCCGGGCCAGUGCUCUGAAUGGGACUGGCGAGAGGCUCUUCUACUUCGACAGAGCAUCAGGGUACCUCUUUGUUCACCUGCAAGCCCACGAAGCUCGGAAAGGCCACAGUUACUGCUCUCAGCAAGGCUGUGAACGUAUUAAAAUUACGGCACAUAUGUACCCAGGGGGGUCCUGGAGCUGUGCCCCGAACCCCUUCCCACAGAGGCCGGCAGCCCCCCAGAGCCCUGUGUCCCAGCACCCAGCCAGGCCGUGCAGGGCAUGUGGGGCUCCACAGCUUGCUAUCACUAGCACACCCGCAGUCAAGUAUAUAAGAAUCCAGAUCCAGUCUCUCAGCAAGGCAGACAUACAAAGCCACUUGACAUCUGCGUUCAUUAAGAUAAAUGGUACAGUGUUCCUGAUCAAUAGCCCUGGGAUAUUCUUCGUGGUGCUAGAUGCAUGUUCAGGAGCAGUUGUGAGUAGGCGGCACUUUGACACAGUUACUGGGGAAAAUGCGGCCAAUUCAAUAACUGAUUAUGUUCAAACAUUUAUAAAAGAGAGAUCACUUGUUCUUGUGUGCUCUAGAGAUAUUGCAGACGUGGUGGGGAGCUCUGAAAUGUCUGUUUUUACAAGGUUAGGUUCUGCAAAGCCUAUCGUCUUCCACAAGGAAGGGAGUUUUGCUAUGCUUGGCUAUAAAGGACAAGCCAAGCCCUCCUGGAUUAAAAUCCUUAAUCACGCUGGUUAUCAGAAAGCCGCUUCUCUACAGCAUUAUGUUCCCUUGAAGCUGAAAGAGUAUCAAUGUCCAGCUAACACUUUUUCUCAGAACCACUCAGAGCACAUCUCUGCAGAGGCUAUGGUGUCCCACGAUUAGCACCGGUGGUGUAACGCCAGCCAGGCAAGUCCAGCAGCUGUCACCAAAACCUGCUUUUGUUUUUACGGGAUUGUACCGAACCAAUGUUGUUCACUUGUAUAUUUUAUAACUAAUAAAUAUAGUUUCAUCUUA